AUGUUCAGCUUUUCAAAGAGGCGCAUGAGACUUGGCAGAAUGAAGAAGGUACAGCUCUCGGAUUCUGCACAAGGAUUGAAGAGUCCUUUGAGAGCAACCAAACGCACAGAUAACUCUAGUAACGAAGUUGCUGUGGCUGCAACUAGUUCUCCUGAUGAACUUAAUUUCCAGCCUUCAUUGGGGAAUUCUGAAAAUUGGAUGGCGUUAUCGGUUGGUGGGGAAAAACCAGCUCCACGCUUUAAUCAUGCAGCAGCAGCUAUUGGUAAUAAAAUGAUAGUAGUUGGUGGAGAAUCUGGUAAUGGCUUGUUGGAUGAUGUACAGGUGCUUAACUUUGAUUCAUUUACAUGGUCCACGGCGUCUUCAAAAGUUUACUUAUCGCCGAGCAGUCUUCCUCUCAUGAUCCCUGCCUGGAAAGGCCAUUGCUUGGUCUCUUGGGGUAAAAAAGUGCUACUGGUGGGUGGAAAAACAGAUCCCAGCAGUGAUAGAGUUUCAGUUUGGGCGUUUGAUACUGAUUCUGAAUGCUGGUCGCUAAUGGAUGCAAAAGGAGACAUACCUGUCAGUCGCAGUGGUCACACAGUGGUGAGGGCAAGUUCAGUACUUAUACUUUUCGGAGGGGAAGAUUCUAAGAAAAGGAAACUAAACGAUCUUCAUAUGUUUGAUCUCAAAUCAUCCACAUGGCUUCCUCUUAAUUGCACAGGGACACGACCGUGUGCAAGAUCAAAUCAUGUAGCCACGCUUUUUGACGACAAGAUACUGUUUGUGUUUGGAGGUUCGGGCAAGAACAAAACACUAAAUGACUUAUACUCACUCGACUUUGAAACUAUGGUAUGGUCAAGAAUAAAGAUAAGAGGAUUUCACCCGUCCCCAAGAGCAGGUAGCUGUGGAGUUCUCUGCGGUACUAAAUGGUAUAUAACCGGAGGUGGAAGCAGAAAGAAGAGACACGCGGAAACAUUAGUCUUUGAUAUUCUAAAGGUCGAGUGGUCUGUGGCAAGCCUCUCCUCUCAAUCUUCCAUCACAGCUAAUAAGGGAUUCAGCCUAGUUCUUCUGCAACACAAGGAUAAAGAUUUUCUUGUAGCUUUCGGUGGAACGAAAAAAGAUCCUUCAAAUCAGGUUGAGGCUUUUAUCAUUGACAAGAACAAGAGUGAAUCACCAACACAUCCGCAGACGACUUCCAAGAAAAAUCCCGGCCGGUUACUGUUUGGAAAACGAUCUUCUUCCUCUGCAGCUUUAUCCUCUGAUGAGUCUGUUAAAGCCUCUUCCCAGAGGCUGAUCGAUUCGGUUGCUAGACAAAAACUUGCUUCGGCCAUUGAAGAGCACGGUGGCUCUGGUAGAAGGUCUUUGUCAGAGAUUGCUUUUGCUGAUCAUCGUAACCCAUCUUCUGGUAACGUCUCUUUGCGUAAACAGUUUAGCACUGAAGAAGAAUACAGAGCGGUUAUAGAACCAGCAAAGAGCUCAGAAGAAGAAAUUUCCUUGCCUCGGGCCGGAGAUGACAACAGUGGAGGAGCAAAGAUUACAGCAGAGAAAACACUUUCUACUGUGUCUGACCGGGAAAUGUCAAAUCCUCAGAAGCAAGGCUCUGAAACAUUUCCUUUUGCUCACAUCGACGAUGCCUUGAUAUUCCCGGAAAUGGAUAACACCAAUUUAGCAGCGUUGGCGUCAUCAUCUAGCGUGUACCAAUUCCACGAGGCGAAAAUGACGGCUCUGGUAAGAAGAAACGGGAUUCUUGAAGGGCAGUUAGAAGCAGCACUGGCCGGAAGAGAAGCGGCUGAGAGGAACGUGUCGGUUGCUCUGAGGAGCAAACAAGAGACUGAUAAAAAGCUAAGUGACGCCUUGAGAGAUGUUGAAUUGCUCAAGGAGAAGCUCACUGGGGUAGAGCUCGCUCAAGAGGAAGCUAAUAGUUUGUCAAACAUUGUUCACUCCGACAAUGUCAGGCUUGAACAUGAUGUAGCGUUCCUGAAAGCUGUCCUAGACGAUACACAAAAAGAGUUGCAUUCAACAAGAGGAGUGCUUGCAGGAGAAAGAACAAGAGCAUUCCAGUUGCAGGUUGAAGUGUUUCAUCUUAAGCAAAGGUUACAGUCACUGGAGAACAGAGCUGCUACACCAAGGAAGCCUUUCCAUGUCUAA